UAAGUAUGGACAAAGGUGUACCACCGGAUCUUCAGAAAUGGCUAAGAAAAUGCUUGAAAAAGGAGUUCGGGAAAACUAUACAAAACUCUUUAGACAAGGAACAGGUGCCCAGCGAUAUCGCCUACAAGCUCACGCAUUCGAAGGACAUGGCCGCUUUGCUAAAUUCUAUGAAAAAGGUAAUCGCCGAGCAAUACGUGGUGGUGAAACCCUCAUCCGCGGCGUCGCAAUCACAAUCGUCCCAUUCCUUCGCGAGUGAUCUCACGACGGACGACUGGGCCUCUCCACAAGGAAACGGAGAGGAGUACAAUUGCAUCAUCGACAAGAUCAGUCGCGACAAACCGGUCCACGUGAGAUUGGCUGGUUAUGAAAUUUUAUUAAAAAUCGAAUUGUCCAACAUAAAUAACAGUUCUCAGUGGGACGUUCUCCAGAAGACGCUGCUGGACGGUCUCACGGACGAUAACAGAGCUAUAUUCGAGGCCAGCAUGCAAGUACAUGCAAAGUUGCUGAAUUGCUCACAAAUGCAUCAUACCUACGAGAAUUUAUUGAGCGCGUUCAACGCACAAUAUCAUUCGCAGAAAAUGCGCGAGACUCUGCCCACUCUAAUUUCUGGAAUUAAUUUCAAGUUUUUCCUGCACGAGAAACUGUUUAACAUAAUGUAUCUGAUAAUCCGCUAUCAGGAGGAAAUGUUGAAGAACACUAGGCACAGCGACAAGACUGUGGAAGAUGUAAUAGAGCAAUUUAUAGUAUUUCUCAGUACGCAUAGCUUUGGCAACUCGUUGCAACCUAAAACCUUGAACAUGCUGAAUAUCGUCUCGGUGUUGGAGCCGCAGGCCAAAUGGAGCAAGAGGUGGCUUCAUAGUCUCUCUACCAGAAGGACUUUCAUCGCUGUUCUGGCCAAGUCUCCAACGUUUCUGCAAAAUGUCGUCGACUGCGUUAACAGCGGUUUGGCAGAAACACCCUGUUCCUUGUCCAUCUCCAUCAUGGAUGAGAGCAACGAGCUGUGUAUUUCCGGAAAUACGAUAGAAACUGCAACUUAUCUGCAUUCCUUGAUCUUCGUCUCGCAACUCUGCAGUUAUGAAGCGGGCAGAAAAUUGCUCGCGGAGAACUCGUUAACAACGCCAUUUGACGUAGCUGAUUUUUUGAUAGAAUUAUUGAACUCCUUGAAUAAAUUAGCAGCAGAGGCACCGAGUGGAGUGUACAAUACUUCCUGCAAUGCUCUUCAAAACGUGCUCAAUGUUCCGGACGUAUUGUACAAUGUUGAAUUUUAUCAUGCUGCAUUGUGCCGCCUGAUACCUCUUUCUGAAAAUAAUAUAAAGAUUUGGCCGCAUACAUUAAAUAUUAUUUCUCACAUGGUGGACACGGCAGAUGGUCCGGCAUUUUUGACUACAAAUUGUAAAGAACAUACAACAAAUUCCGAGAAUGCACCGUCGAAGUGUCCAGUCGCGAUCAUAAUGCGGUAUGCGUCGAAUUUAUUGAAACAGCCGUUUUCUAUAAUGGAUAUAAAGUGUAUCCUGGAUUCCUUUAAUCUGAUAGAAAAAUUAUUUGAUGUUUACGACGUUUACGAGGCCGCGCAGGAACAAAUUGAGACGCAGUUCUAUCCAGCCGUCGCUAAUUUUUAUAAAAGAUUCAACAAGUGUAGCGUUGAGAACGAAAAUAAAAUUCAGCAACUCGAUAGUGCUGUCAAAAAAGUUUUACUAAAAAUGGUGUCGAUACCGCUCGGAUUGCAAGCACUCGUCAAUGAUAAAUUGGUGUUCGAGGAACUGAUCCGCGGAUCAAUCGCUCCUCUAAGAGUGAUCUGGAGUUCCACCGAUAUAAUCAGCUUCAUCUCAUCGGCUGGUUAUUUCGACCUGGGUCAUAAUGUGCUCGCAGAUCUCGGGCCCCAUGUCCUGUCGACUUUGCUGUCAAAAAUUUGCACAAACGUGGAGGAUCCUAGAUUCUUUUACGACCCUUGGGAUAGAGAAAACAUCGACGAAUUUCUACAUAUACUUACAUUAUUUUCCCUCAAUUUUAAUUGUUUUGCCGCAUUUAUGGUGACCGACAGCGAAUUGGAUAAUGACGAGGAAAAGGAUUAUCCCUCGAAUUUGUCUGAAUUACUACAGGCUGCAAUAGACAAGGAUUCAACUUACCAUCAUUUAGCUCUUCUGUCGUUGAACACAGUAAUUUGGAACCUAGACGUUUGCGCUUACUUAUUAAACUCAUUGAACUUCCAGGAAGCGCUGUUAGAUAUUCAGAGAGACAGUACGAUUGUAAUUGAAGUUUGUAAUGAACAAACCGACGAAACUGACGAAACAGAUUAUGAGAAGACAGAGGACGAGGAUGACGGUGAUGGUGGUGAUAAGCCAGAGUCGAGGAAGGAAUACAUAAUUGACGAUUCCAGUUUCCUGAGACAUAAUAUUUUAUUAAAAUUAUAUUACAUGACAUAUAAAAGAAAGCAAUAUGUGAUCCCAUUUGAGGAAUAUGAACUUUUUUCGGAAUUUCCACCUCCUAGAGUAUACGCGGAUAUGGCGGAUUAUCGGGAAAUCGAAUCCGAUUCGGAGCUAAGCGAUCUGCUGCAGGAGGAGAGGCCCGGAUUGCUAGAUAUUAGUUGGGUCUUGCAAGUUAGAGCGGCUCAUAAAGCCUCGCGAUGCUCGAUUAAGAAUUCGAUGAUGAUGAACUUGUUGAGUCAAAUGCACAAAGCCAUUCCAACUGCGGAAUGGGUGGAACAAUUUGAAUGGCAAGAGAAUAUAACGUACGACACGGACUAUUGGCUCCCAGAAGACAUACACGCAAUUAACAUUAUUUUGAAUUAUGCCGAACAAAGAGAGAUUUUAAAGAACAAUAACGACAGUCAGGAGAAUUUGAAGAAAUUCAUUCAUUCUGCCUACAUAUUCAUACAGUACAAUAAACCGAGCAGAUUUGAAGGUUUUGAUUGGUUCUUGGCAACAGUGUUCAUUAUCUGUGAUGGAAAUCUGGAUAAAUGCAAAACUUUUAUCAUGCAAUUAAUUCAAUUUCCAUCGACACUGCUUCUCUGGCCGAAAUUGGGUAAAGUUAUUGAUGAAAAAAAUAACGAAGGCACUAGUUCGCAGUUCACUUUUAUGCAAGUUUUAGAAACCAUGGUUAACAUCGAGCUUCCAAACAUUAAAUAUGGGUUGAAGGAUGUCUUCGGUAUCGAUUGGUGGAUGAUAUUCAAUAGAAUGUUAUCGCAAUGCUUCUGGGGAAUUCUUCCAUGGAGUGAAAUAGUUCAUUUUUUUACAAUUUGCAUUUUGUACCCGUCCGACUAUAUGGUGUAUUACUCCGUAUCACUUUUGCAAUUUUGCCAGGAAGAGUUAUUGCAGGAUUUAACAAGCAGAAAAAUGUGGCCAGAAAAUAUGAUAUUGGACGAGUAUCGCUGUCAUAAUUACAUUACGUACAUGGAUAAUUUAGGUCAACGAUAUAGAAAUCGGGUUUUACCGGCAAUGACUAAAAAUUUAAAUUCAGAAGACGAAAUAUAAAUAUGCAUAUCUCGUCAUGUUGGUAACUUGGAAGAAAGAAAGAAAAAAAAAAAA